CUGUUUUCUUAUAUUGCACUGCUCAGGAAAUAUCCCAAAACUCUCAAAGGCCUAAUUCCAUUUGCCGAUAAUGUUGAGUUUCAAGACUACAAGAUUAGUGCAAAUAAAAAGCACUUUAUCAAGGAACAUCUAAAUGUCAAGAGGUAUCCUUGCAUAGCACACAGUGCUACGGCCAGGUGUUCUUAAACAUGGCCACGUAUCAAGUUGACUACCAGUGGGCUUAUUCCAUCAUGGAUUCGUCAAGAAUAUCCACUUUUUUAAUAUCAAUUCUACUGAUAGUUUAUGGUAGUUUUCGAUCUUUAAAUAUGGAGCAAGAAGCAAGGGAAAGGGAAAAAGAAAAGGAACGUAGUAAUUUAUUGACUGGGAUUACAAGUAACAGUAUCGCUGGCACUGCGGACGGCGCUAACGGAGGAAGAAUUCAAACAUUAGAUACGAUGCAUGCUCUCUGUCUACCUCUUGGUGCUUCCAUUUCUCUACUUAUCAUGUUUUUCUUUUUUGACAGUAUGCAGAUGCUUCUUGCAAUCUGUACAGCCAUUAUAGCUACAGUUGCAUUGGCGUUUCUUUUAUUGCCUAUGUGUCAGUAUAUCAUUAGACCAUGCUCUGAUGGUAAUAAAAUAUCUUUUGGCGUUUGCGGGAGAUUUACGGGUGCGGAAUUGCUCUCAUUUUCGCUCAGUGUGAGUAUAGUAUGCAUCUGGGUCUUGACUGGACAUUGGCUGCUGAUGGAUGCGAUGGGUAUGGGUUUGUGUGUGGCAUUUAUCGCAUUUGUUCGACUACCUAGUCUCAAGGUAUCCACGUUAUUAUUAACUGGACUGCUGAUUUACGAUGUCUUCUGGGUUUUCUUUUCAUCUUAUAUAUUCAGCACAAACGUAAUGGUUAAGGUAGCAACUAGGCCUGCAGAUAAUCCAGUAAGUCUCGUGGCUAGGAGAUUACACUUAGGUGGUGUGGCGAGAGCUGCGCCAAAAUUACCUUUACCAGGUAAACUGGUUUUCCCAUCGAUGCAUCAAGCGGGACACUUCUCGAUGCUGGGCCUCGGCGACGUUGUUAUGCCGGGCCUCUUACUCUGUUUCGUCCUACGAUACGAUGCAUACAAAAAGACUCAGCUGUUGCCUGGCGGCUGCGAAACUGGAGUACCACCGCCACGUCACUUUAGCCGACUUAGUUAUUUUCAUUGCUCUCUGAUUGGUUAUUUUCUUGGUCUACUUACCGCCACUGUAAGCUCUGAGGUGUUCAAAGCUGCGCAGCCUGCCUUAUUGUACCUUGUGCCCUUCACUUUGUUGCCAUUGCUUACGAUGGCAUAUUUAAAGGGAGAUUUACGUAGAAUGUGGAGUGAACCAUUCAUAUCUCAUCAACCUUCUAAACAUAUGGACGUUUGACAAGAAUCAUGGAUACUCGUACAUCAUGCUUGUGUUAAAGGCAAAAUUCUUGUCUGUGCAUGAAAUUCAUUAUGUAACUUUGUAUUCUUAUGUUCAUUGACUGUCAUUUAUAAUGUAAGUAACGUUUUCUAUAUACAUACUCUACAUAUGUGAAACGCGCGCAAUAUAUCCGCAUUCUUUUUAUUAAAAGUCAAUAACGACCAUAUAGAAGACAAUUCCCAUCUAUAAGGAGCAAUGCAAUUAUUUGAAGUGUAAGUGUAAAAACUGAGAAUUAAAACUGCAUAAAUAAUUUAAAUGUAAUAUAAUGUCACGAAUGUAAUGUUAGCGCUGCAAUCAACUUUUUACCGAGAUUAUAGAAAAAAAAAAAAAACAAUGAAUUCUUAAAGAAAUAUUCUAGGAAUGCCAAACGACACGUAUAUUAUUGGCAUUCUUUCUGUGUCUUAACUUGAUGUUGAAUAUAUGAAUAAACAUUACGCACAGUAGAUAAUUUAAUCGAUAUAUAUAUAUAUAUGUACAUGCAUACGUACAUGUAUAUAUGUUAUAUAUACAGUUUAUACAUUUAUGUGUGUGUGUGUAUAUAUAUAUAAUGUGUACGGUACUACCUGGAUAUUAGCAAAAAUUGUAUUUCGAAAAAAUUAAUGUCUUGACAAAAGCAAUAAAUUAUCCCGAUCGGGAGAAAGGAUAAAAGAAGAACAAUUAGAGCGCGAUCUGUCAAUUUUUAUAGCUGACUCUUUUGUAGCAGGCAUAAACUUUUGUUAUGAACUUUUGUUGUUAUGAACAAAAUUCAAGCGAAUAUGAAGCGCAAGUGUGCAUUCGUGAAAUAGCAUUUGCGCUUCGUGGCGUUCUAUGUUUGUUUUUCUUAUCAGAUCCGAAACAAAGAUAAUAUAAUGCUUCGACAUAUCUAGUGCAUACGUUGUUGACCGCAGCCUAUAUUCAGGAACAAUUUACUUGCUAAUAUCCAGAUAAUAUUGUAUAAAUAUGUACAUAUAUAUUUCGCGCUACCAAGUAUAAUAUAGCUAACGACUAUGCAACCUGGUGGUUUUAAUUUAACGAAAAAUAGUCUUUCAUUUUUAACAUAAAAAUUAUCAUAACUAAUCGUUACGGAUAUAUAAUUUACCUCUUUUUAUCAGUUAUAUAAAAAAACAAAAUAUAAUAAACUCUAAAUAUUAUUCCUGUGAAAUUUAGUUAUAAACGCCUUGUUAAAAAAAUGUUACUUUUUUUUUUUCACUCAUCCGAUCGGAAUCGAAUUAUGACUAUGUAGCUACGAGUAGGACAAUAUGUACACUAUUCAAACAUUUGGAUAAGAACAUUGCAGUAUUACACAAAUUCAGUGCAUGUAGGUUGCGAUUUCGUUUUUCAAGAUUUCACUUUCAGUAUUAAAAAUCUAUGAUACAGAUAACGUGAAUUAUAGAUUUUCAGCAAAUACUGACAGUGGAUUUUGAGAUACAGCUUCAAUAUCGAAUAAAAUAGUAGGACUGAACGUUGUACACUGAACGAUACACUAAGAUUCCUCGAUAAUCCCACAGCCAUUUUGGAUUUUAACGUCUUCUAACGUCAAAAUCCACGAUGAGAAAAUGAUCAAGGACUUAGUGUCUCUUCAGGGAAGAAGACUUUCCUCUUUACUGCGUGAAGAGAAAAGUUUUAACUUCUCUUACGAGAGACGUUAAUGUAUAAUAUCACAACUUAUAUAUUAAAAAUUUUAUAUACUUGAGAGCACGCAAAUUUUCGAGUUACAGUAACCGAUGGCACGCUUUCUAAUAUUGUGGUUUUUUGCUGCUUGUUAAAACAAAUCUUUUAUAGAAAAAUAGUUUAUUUAUUUUCGACAUAUUAGUAGAACGUUAAAACUGUAUUGUUAAAAAUAAUUACAAAGGGGUUGUUCAUAUAGAUAAAAAUGCUUUUUAAAUAAACUCUUGCUAUGGAUAGGCUGUAAAGACUUUAUAUGUUUAUUUAAGAACAAGACUGAAAAUAAUAUGUAUAAAAGCCAAUUUAUUAAAACCAGUGUUAUAUGAAAGAUAAACAAUUUGUUUUAUCAUUUUCUUGAAUCAACUUAUAACAGUGUAUUGCAUAUUAAAAUAACAUGUAUUCUAAAAUAUAUAUACAUAUAUACAUAAAAUGUAGCGAGAGAGAGAGAGAGAGAG